UCCGCUGGGGCAGUCUAUAAUCAAUCCCGAGAGUGGUCUCCAGAUCAUGAACAAAUAGCUGAACAAACGAGAUAGUUACUGGCUAUUCAGAUACUACAUACUGCUGAGAAUGAGUGUCCUUGUAUUGUGUAUGAGCUGCCUGUGUCUAUGGCUGGGGAAGCUCAGUGUACUGGUGUCUGCAGACUAUGUGCUACAAGUGAGGGUGGUCUCCUACAAUCAUGGAUUCAACACACGCUCAGACAACCGAUGUUGUGAUUCACCACCGGGAUUCAACGGUGCAACACCAUGUAACGGAGAGGAGCGCUGUGACACCUACUUCACCUACUGUCUGAGGCCACGGUUCACAGGGACUGCUACUAUAGAGUGUCCCAAUACUGAGCCUGGAUUUAUUGCAAAUAGCACCAAUGUUGUUGAUGGGGCAACCAUUGAUUUCUCACAACCUACUGUACUAGGACUCCCUAAUCCGUUCAAUCUGACUGGAAUAUCGACAGCCUGGGAGGGAGCUCAGCUUUAUAUACAAGUGUUUGAUUUGGAUGAUGAUGGCACAGAUGUUAUUGAAAGGUUUAGAUUUGAUGUGAGUAUUAUUAAUCGUACUAUUCUCCCAGUUGGAACCACAGCAGGAGGCACAGUUACUGGUAACAGGGCUGCUAUCACUGUUAGUGCUACUGUCCUGUGCUCCAUUCUACACUGGAAGCAGUUGUGAGAUACUCAAUCACUGUGAGUCCAAUGCUGUCACAUGCAGUGAACGAGGAACAUGUGUGAAUGGAUUUAAUGGUUUCACUUGCGACUGUAACCCUCUCUACUUUGGUGAAAACUGUGAGAGUCAAGAUUUUUGUUUCAACACAAAUUGCAAUAAGAGAGGAACGUGUAAUAACGGCCUUGAUUCCUACACCUGCUCAUGUGAUCCUGGCUAUACUGGUGCUGAUUGUGAUGAUAUUGAUGAUUGUGUUAACGAAAAUUGCAGCGGAAAUGGUCGUUGUGUUGACAUGGUGAACAUGUUCUUAUGUGACUGUGAACCUGGCUACACUGGUGCUGAUUGUGAGACCAACAUUGAUGAUUGUGAGAAUAGGAACUGCAGUGGAAAUGGUGUGUGUGUGGAUGGUGUCAACUCCUUCAGUUGUGAGUGUGUGUCUGGCUUCACUGGAGAGACGUGCAGUGUGGAGACACAAGAGAUGAUAUCAGAUGAUGCAACAGCUGCUAUAGCUGGUGGUGUGGUGGGGGGACUGGUUGUCAUUGUGCUGAUUGCAGUGCUGAUUGUAGUCAUAGUCAUUCUCGUGAAGAACAAGCAAGAGUCAGCACGAUACAUUAUUGGAGGAACAACCAACAAUGACAUACCAUGUCAGAACAACGUGGUGUACGGUGUGUGUGAGAUGGCUCAGCCUCAACCCAACACCCUCGCUACUGCCCCACCCACCUCCUCUCUACAAGAGCACGAGUUUGACUACCCCCUGUGUGAUAUGUCGGAACCCCUCCCCCCAGCGUACGAAAGUGUGGACGAGAAACUCAUGUUAAAUGUAAAUGUUAGCUAUGUAACCGUUGCCGAGCGUGAGGAUGGACUAGAACAGACUAGUGAUAUCUAUGAUGAUGUCAACAUGAGGCAAUGAUGAUCACUUCUGGGCACAUUUCACUAGCCCUGCAACUUUGAUUCAUCAAAUAAUUAUAAUUAUGUCCUUGCUCUAAGUGUGUGUUUAUGUAAGCAAGUAUAACUUUUUAGCUUUUGGUAUGUCCGCAAACCAGGGCAUAACCCUCAACACAUGUUACUUGCAUAAUCUCUUUUAUUUCAUCACAUCACCAUUAUUAUUUUUCUCUCAACAUGUUAGCCGAAAACAUGUCUUCAAUAAUUGAAUUAUUUAUAGCCAGUAUAA